UCUCGCCGGUCGCUGCUCCGCGCGGAGCCGGAUCCCGAGCCCGAGCCUGAGCUGGAGACGGUCUGAGGCGGCUCUGAGGCGGCCCCGCCCCGGGGCUCCAUUGUUGCCGCGGCCGCGGCUCUGCCGGCUGCUCCGCUCCGCUUCGCUCGGUCAAGGCGUCUCCGGCAAGGAGCGAUCGCUGCCGAGGCGGCGGCCUGAGCAAUGGAAGAGUUAAUAGUUGAACUUCGUCUCUUUCUUGAACUCCUGGACCACGAAUAUCUAACAUCAACUGUCCGGGAGAAGAAGGCAGUUAUCACAGACAUCCUGCUGAGGAUACAGUCAUCCAAAGGUUUUGAAGUGAAAGAUCAUGCUGCAAAGCCGGAGACCCCCAACAGCCUGCCGGCCCCUCCCCAGAUGCCUCUGCCAGAGAUCCCGCAGCCGUGGCUGCCACCCGACAGCGGGCCACCGCCCUUACCGACGUCCUCCCUCCCGGAAGGCUAUUACGAGGAAGCUGUGCCCCUGAGUCCCGGAAAAGCUCCGGAAUACAUCACCUCAAAUUAUGACUCUGAUGCCAUGAGCAGCUCUUAUGAGUCGUACGAUGAAGAGGAGGAGGAUGGAAAGGGGAAGAAGACGCGGCACCAGUGGCCCUCGGAAGAGGCCUCCAUGGACCUGGUGAAGGACGCCAAGAUCUGUGCCUUCCUGCUGCGGAAGAAGCGCUUCGGCCAGUGGACCAAGCUGCUCUGCGUCAUCAAAGACACCAAACUGCUGUGCUAUAAAAGUUCCAAGGACCAGCAGCCUCAGAUGGAACUGCCCCUCCAAGGCUGCACCAUCACGUAUAUCCCGAAAGACAGCAAGAAAAAGAAACACGAGCUGAAGAUCACCCAGCAGGGCACAGACCCCCUUGUUCUUGCAGUCCAGAGUAAGGAGCAGGCCGAGCAGUGGCUGAAGGUGAUCAGGGAGGUCUACAGUGGCUGUAGUGGGCCAGUGGAUCCGGAAUGUCCUCCCACCUCGAGCUCCCCGGUGCACAAGGCAGAACUGGAGAAGAAGCUGUCUUCAGAGAGACCAAGCUCAGAUGGGGAGGGUGUUAUAGAAAAUGGAAUUACGAUGUGUAACGGUAAAGAACAAGUUAAGAGGAAAAAAAGUUCCAAAUCGGAGGCCAAGGGAACCGUGUCUAAAGUCACUGGGAAAAAAAUUACCAAGAUCAUCGGUUUGGGAAAGAAAAAGCCCUCGACAGACGAACAGACCUCCUCGGCGGAGGAAGACGUGCCCACUUGCGGCUACCUGAAUGUGCUCUCCAACAGCCGCUGGCGGGAGCGCUGGUGCAGGGUCAAGGACAACAAGCUGGUCUUCCACAAGGACAGGGCCGACCUGAAGACCCACAUUGUCUCCAUCCCACUCCGCGGCUGCGAGGUCAUCCCGGGACUGGACUCCAAACACCCCCUGACCUUCCGGCUGCUUCGCAAUGGACAGGAGGUGGCUGUGUUGGAGGCAUCUUCUUCUGAAGACAUGGGCCGAUGGAUUGGGAUUUUGCUGGCUGAGACGGGGUCCUCAACCGACCCCGGGGCUCUGCACUACGACUACAUAGACGUGGAGAUGUCGGCGAAUGUCAUUCAGACAGCCAAGCACACCUUCUGUUUCAUGAACAGGCGCGUCCUGUCUGCUAACCCGUACCUCGGGAGCACCUCCAACGGCUACGCGCACCCGAGUGGCCCGGCGCUGCACUACCACGACGUCCCCUGCAUCAACGGCGCGUGGGAACCUGACGGCGGCUUUCCUGCGCCCGGUGGCGGAGGCCCGGGAGAAGAGGCGCCCUGCGAUCCCGCGGUCCUGUACGAUAACUUGCCGUCCCCGAAAAUCUUUGCGCGCUGCCCGCCUGCUGCCAGGAGGGCUUCUAGGCCGCCCGCUGACGGCCUGUCUCGUAACCAUUACAGACACCCUGCCUCCUGCAGCCUGCCCUCCUCCCCGUCUGUCACUAACACCUCUUCUCUGGGGAGGGCAUCUCUCGGGCUCAGCUCCCAGCUGAAGGGUAAAAAGCCUCCCGUGGCAUCCAACGGGGUUCCAGGAAAAGGCAAGACACUGAGCAGUCAGCAGAAAAAAGCCGAUUCGGCCGCUGGCGUGAAGCGGACACCUUCAAAUGCUGACCAGUACAAAUACGGCAAGAACCGGGUUGAAGCUGAUGCCAAGCGGCUGCAGGCCAAGGAGGAGGAGCUGCUGAAGAGGAGGGAAGGCCUGCGGGACAGGCUGGCCCAGCUCCGGAAGGAGAGGAAGGGCCUGAGGGCGGCCAUCGAAGUCAACACGGGCAGGAAGACACAGGUGAUCCUGGAGGACAAGUUGAAGAAGCUGGAGGAGGAGUGUAAGCAGAAGGAGACGGAGCGCGUCAACCUGGAGCUGGAGCUGACCGAGGUCAAGGAGAGCCUGAAGAAGGCCCUGGCCGGCGGGAUCACCCUGGGGCUGGCCAUCGAGCCCAAGUCAGGGACGUCCAGUCCGCAGUCUCCAGUGUUCCGGCAUCGGGCUCUGGAGAACUCGCCCAUGUCCAGCUGUGAAACCAGCGACGCUGAGGGCCCGGUGCCUGUGAACAGUGCAGCUGUCCUGAAGAAGAGCCAGCCGGCCGCCGGCGGCUCCCCCUGCCGGGGACACGUGCUUCGGAAGGCCAAGGAGUGGGAGCUGAAGAACGGCACGUAGAGACGCGGACGCUCCGGCUCCCGUGGCGUCGCCCCUCCAGUGACCCGGGGAGCGCCGGAGGCUCCAGCAGCGGAAGGACGCCUGGGGCCGGGACCCAGACCCGCUCACGUGUCUCCUCUCUACUGUCCAAUGGUUCCCCUUAAAGAGAUUUACUUGUAACGCUUUGGCUUCCAACUUCAUUUGUUAAAAGACAAAGAGGGACGGAUGGAGAAGCCGUCCGUGGCCGGUGGAGAAGCCGCUUCCCUCUCCCCAGUCAGGUGGGUGCUUGGACCAGCUUCAGCCCAGCCCGGGCCGACGGCGAGCGGCGGCCGGUGGACGGCGCGGACGGCCUGGCCCGCGCGCCCCGCGCCGCCCGGCCUGGGUGUGGUGCGGCCGGCGGCCCGUGCUCCCGCAGGAGGACCCUGGCUUGCAGCCGCGGCGCCAGCAGCACGCCUUCCCCGAGGCGCGGCGCCCCCGCCCCGCACGCCGGGCCCUGUCACUGUCACUGGGGUAAAGGCGUGACACAAUUGUGCUGUGAAGCGUUUUUUACCUUUUUUUUUUUUUAACUUUCUGGACAGAUGCUUUUGUCACCAGGACAUGAAAAGCUGCCACUGGUUUUAAACUUUGAAACUCUCUCCUCGCUGCGUGUCACACUCAGCUCCAAGGGCUUUGCCGAGAUUCUCUGUCCUGUUUUGUUAAUUAUUUGUCCUGCUUUUGAGAGGCAGCAGAGUGUUCUGACACUGCAUGAAUGUGUGUCCUUUCCCACUUUUCCCGACACCGGAGCCCUUUCUACCCACCCCGAGCCAGCAGGCCACCCUCAGAGAACUGGGCGACCUCGGGCAACGCUCACACUCGUUCCUGGUGGGCGCGUCAGUGCUUUGAAAGGCGGCGGGUUCUGGAAACUGUACAACUUAGGACAGAAGAGGGCCCUUGAGAGAAGUAAACACUCGGUUUACGUCCUGCCUUGGGGCGUGGCCGUCCAGGUGGGGCCCCGUGGUUUCCAUGUUUGCCCCCAGAGGGGUGUUUCUGGGAGCGGUCAGUCAGGAAGGCGUGAAGGGCGGCCAGGCCCACGGGUAGAGCUAGAUCUGGUCUGAGAACCAGGCCAGCCCCCCUUGGUCAGACGGGGGCCUCUCGGGAGCCCUCCUUGUGGGAGGGGGACCCCCUGCCGCAGAGACCCGAGUUCCCCUGAGCCCUCCGCACCCCAAGUCACACAAGGAGACAGGCCGGCUCUCCCCGCAGGGGCUGCAGGCCUGCCGCUUACUGCUUGGGAUGUGUCUCACCCGAUAAGGGAACAGGAGGCCAGAAAGCCGCCUGCCUGCGUUUCCCCCCCAGACGUGCCCACGAGCGCAUCCCGGGGCGGCCAUGUCUCCCGCCGGCCUUGCUGGUCCGGGCUGGGGUUGGCACAGCCCUGAGGUCUUGCUCGGGCUGUUUGGUUUCACUGAGCAGAGCAGGGGAGCAGGCUCACUGCCAAGGGAGGCCCUCCAGCAGGGCGCGCGCGUCCGCCGAGUCCACCGGACACUUGGAUGGGUCUCAGAGCCGUCUGCCUGGUGCAUCUCCAGCUCGUAGGCCGUCAGCUGGCGCCCUCACCCUUCCCCGCCCUCCGCGGUUUGUGUGGCAGGUGGAGGGCACCUCACCAGCACGUACACAGUUGCCCCUCCCCCGCCGUCCCCAGUUAAUCCAGGUAGGAAGUGGGGAGGGAGGGGCCUCCCCAAGCCCAGGGCCAUCUUCCCGGCACUCCUGUUCGUCCAUCAGCGCAGGAAGCUGGACCACUUGGCAUCAUAUGAAGCUAAUUUUCCGUAAAGGGAAAAUGUUUGACCUUCCAUAGCUUCUUGCUGCCUUCCGGUCAAAUUAAUAGUCUCCAGUUAAACCUCUGCGGCCGUCCUGAUUGGCAGCCAACUCUGCCCCAGACGAGGGCCAGAUUUCGACGGUUAUUAAGAAGGGAAGAUGUGAGCAUUGUGUGUUCAUGAGCUGAGCCCAGCACAGGUGGGCGGUCACUGGCAGGUGGACCAUUAGCAGAGGUCACCUCCACCAUCUCCAUGGGUCACACCAUUGGUGCCAGAGCCAAGGUUUGGACCCUGCUCUUCAGACACCUGGCAUACAUAGUUUGUGUUUUUAAAAAACAGCUUUUUAAAUUGACUUUCAUAACCAUAAGCCUUUUAAAGAGGAUGGUGCGUUCAACCCCGCUGCGUCCGCCCCGUGGAAGGCGAGGCCGCCAACGCCCGGCUCCUUUGAUACCAUGUUUCCUCUUGAUGUUUUUACAUUUGAUAAGAAAGUCAGUUUAAAGCAUUUGCUUCAAAAUAAGUUAUUUAUUUGUAUAUGUUCAACAAGUAUAGUUUUAAUUUAUGUCUGUGCCUGUUAGACGCACCGUGGACACCUGGUCAGAACUCUGACAGGGACCUCGUUACCCUCCCAAAACACGCCCCAGGGACACGGGCGGCCAUGAGACAGCUGUGACGGCCAGGCUCAGGGCAGGGUCGGGGGUGGGGGGCAGCCCGACCUAGGCCCUCGCUCCUGGGGUGCAGGUCCCAUUCCGCUGGGAGAAGUCAGAUUCCUCAAGAGCUGUCAUCCGCUCCUGACAGAAAUAGUGAUGGUCUGAGGGUGCCCUGUCACCCCUGAUGUGGGCCAGGUGGAGUCCGCCCAAGGAGGGUCAGGCGGGCCCGACUGUGGGUGUCCAGGGAGCCAGCAGCACCCUGCCCACUCCCCCAGCCUCAGGAUGGCCCUCGGAGGGGGUGCAGGGAGGGUCUGCGGUGGUCCCAGAUGCUUUCCCGAGCGCUUCGGGGACCACACGUGCAAAAGCAGUCUUGUCCCUUCGGUUCAGACACCUUGGUGCGGUCCAGCCUGACAUCCACCUCCCUCCUCUCGCGCAUCCGUGAGUAGGUUUGAGCUGUUUCUAGGCACCCAGGAUCACUCUGAUAGGCUGCAGUUGUUCUGCCUUUCGGACAGUCUGUCUCAAAAAGUGUGUGUCCUGGGCCCUGAAGGCCCCCCACUCCCCAAGGAAGGAGUUUUAGAUUCUUGUUAAUCGUGGCAACAAUUUGCAAUUUAGGUACAGGUGUCCAGGGGGCAGCUUUGAAGCUGGGGUGGGCGUAGGGUUUUGGGGAAGCUCAUUUGCUGUGGUCCCAUCUUUCCAGAACACCUGUCAGCACACUGUUGGGAAGGACAUGUGAAUUUUGCCCACAGACCUAGUUCACCAGGCGCUGUUCUGUUUAUUCACCUCGUCCCGUCUGUCAGGAACCUUCCCAGGCUGGGCACAGGGGCGGCGCGCUGGGGCGGGGCCUCUCCCGCCAGGGAGGUGGUGUGGACGCCGCGUCUGCACCCCUGCCCGUCCCUGCACCGCCGGCGGCGGGGGCUGCCCUGCGGGUGCAGCAGGCAGCGCCCUCCUCGGCUCAUAAAACGGUCACGGCAACACUUACAUGUUAAACUGUUGCCUUCCUCUUUUUCUUCCCUAAAAUAAUUGUUUAAUGAGAACAAUAAUCUCCGCUCCUGGCCUGGUUUUAAAGAGGGGGUUUUGUUGUCGCCAGUACUGUCUUCUCCCCACGCCGGGCCGCGUUGAUACUGUGAAAUAAACUCCAGCUGGUGAAGUAACACUCUCAUGCCUCGCACCGCGGCGCAGCACCGCCCGCCUCCGCCCCGGCCGCAGCGGGCAGCCUGUCAUUUCUCAAGGUGGGAAAGCGUCCCGCCCAGAGAACUGUCGGCCUCACGCGCGUCCUUUUUGCCAUCUUUUGUGAAAUAUUUCCAGUUGCGUUCUUCCAGGAAAGCUUAACUUCACGGUGUUGUUACAAGUGUCACCAGGCGUUUCCAGUUGUUGCCAUGGAAGAAGUUUUCCAGGUGGGAUCAUCAAGACCCUCAUUCUUAGGGACCAAAGGUGUUUUUAAUAAGAUACUCUUUGAUUUUCUAAUGAGAAAGGGAACAUUACCUUUAAAUUUCAACAUCAGCUUUUAAAUUACAGGUACUCAGCACCAAUUGACCAUGGCUCUAAGUUGUAAAAUGUUUUCAUAUUAAGAAUGUAAUUAUUUCCUUAUUGUAUUUUUUAAAAACAAAAGUCGUAUUUAAAAAUUCUCUUUGAAAGAAACAAGCAAGAAACAGGAAAGAUUUUUUAAUUAAAUAUGUUGGCAGUGCCCAUUUUAAAUAACUGUAAAUAUAUUUUUCACUGUGUUUCUCAAUGUAUUUAAUUCAUAAAGUAAAAAAAUUUAUCAGAAGAAACUUGCAUUGGAAAUACUCGUUCUCAGCCCAUUUGCCCGAUCUGUAGUAGCCUCACCUGAACUUUCUGCUUUACGACAGGAGUUUUCUACAGUUUCACACGCUGUAGCCCGACCGGCGCCCCGCGGCGUGCCUCGACGUGUGUAACUAAUAAACUCCGCUCUUCCCA